AUGAUUUAUUCGGCAUUGGUGAUACUGUGCCUCGUGCUAUCUUCCUUCGGACAGCGGUUCGUCAGUGCUCCAGUCAUUACUGACAAUGUUGAUGCCAUAUAUACGGCCACGUUGCUCGACCGCGCGUCUUCCAGUAUCCGUGGAAGGGUCACUGCAAGCUCUGGGGCCAACGGUGUUGGCUUGUCCUUUGAUGUCUCUUUCACUGGGUUACCUGCCGGUCUCGGACCUUUUCCAUACCACGUCCAUGUCUCUCCUGUCCCAGGAAAUGGUGAUUGCGACGCAGCUGGCCCCCAUCUUGAUCCAUACAAUCGCGGUGAACAACCUCCCUGCGAUGCCAGUGCCCCUGCUACUUGCCAGAUUGGUGACCUCAGUGGAAAGCAUGGCAAUGCCACAGCUCCCGCGUUCACUGCUGUGUAUACGGACCCCUACUUGUCCAACAACGCUCAAAGCAAUGCUUUCAUCGGCGACCGGUCCAUAGUCAUCCAUUCUGCAAAUGGCACACGGCUUAAUUGUGGAAAUUUCCAUCUCGUUUCUGGCAACCCUUCUUCUUCUGCGAAGGCUGGGAAUCCAUCUAUAUCAACUCGGGUACCAAGAGGAUCUACUUUGACGCAUUUGAUAUCUCCAUCUGCCUCGACUCAUACAUCUACAUCAACUCGUGUGACAUUUACGUCUACUUCAACUCAUGUAGUGCCUACAUCGUCUUCCACCCAUGUGGUAUCUACAUCGACUUCCACUCAUAUACCAACUACAACUACUACGAUACGUGUCCCAACCACGUUCACUUCGAGACGUGCAACAACGACUUCCAUCUCGAUUCGUCCUGGCAAUUUCACCACUCAUUAA